UUACAAACCAUUGAACUUUAAAGCUUCUAAAAAUUAAAAUAUAUAUUAUUUUAAUCGCUGCAUUUAUGAAUUAAUUCCAAGUAAUUCUUUUUUAUAUAAUUGACAAGAAAUUAUAACUAAGUAUAAAAUUAUAAUUUAGUAUAAAAAAUUAAAACGAGAUAAGGAAGAAAAAUAAUUGCUAAUACGGUGUAUCAUUAAUGCAAACAUAUUUUAAUUAUGUCAUUGCACAGUAAAUUAAAAAUUGAAAAAUGUUUGUUGAACACCCUAUAUUUGGCAGAAAUUAUAUGUCAGCAUCGUCUUACGUGGGGUAUGGCAAGUUCAUGUUUUAGCAAUGUGGAUGAAUAUGGCUUUGAAAGACCUCAAGACUUUGACUAUGAAACCUAUGAAGAUUUUAUGUCAGAAUAUCUCAAAGUACUUACUAAAAGAGCAAAAAAGUGGUCUGAAGUCAUAGGAGAAGGAAAAUCAUUACAACGUAAUAUUACGAUAAAGAGAUAUGUUCGUAAAGGAAUACCAGGAGAACAUAGAGGAUUAGUAUGGCUUUCUGUCAGUGGAGGAGAAGAUUUAAAGAGUAUAGAACCUGAUCUUUAUCAAAAGUUGUUACAACCUCCACAUAAUAAACAAAUAACAGACGUCAUUAAAACUGAUCUACCAAGAACUUUUCCUGAUAAUAUAUUUUUUAAUAAUACAGAAAAUCAGCAAUACCAAUUGUACAAUAUUUUAUUAGCAUUUGCUCAUCAGAAUAAAACAGUAGGAUAUUGUCAAGGUUUGAAUUAUAUAGCAGGUUUAUUAUUGCUUGUUACAAAAAAUGAAGAAACUGCAUUUUGGUUGUUAAAAGUUUUAAUAGAAAAAAUUUUACCUGAUUAUUAUACACCAACAAUGGAUGGCCUCCUUACAGAUAUAGAUGUGCUUGCAGAAUUAGUCAAAAUGAAAAUGCCAGAUAUUUAUCAACAUGUAACGAAUAUAGGCUUACCUUGGGCAGUCAUUACAACGAAGUGGUUUGUGUGCUUAUUUGCAGAAGUAUUACCAAUUGAGACUACGCUGCGUAUAUGGGAUUGCCUUUUUUAUGAAGGCAGUAAAAUUAUAUUUCGUGUUGCAUUAACUCUGAUAAAAAGGAAUAAAUGCAACCUGCUUGCUUGUCAAGAUUUUACAACAUUAGCAGAAUGCUUUAAAGAAAUAACAAAAGACAGUAUUGUUUUAAAAUGUCAUGAUUUUAUGCAGAGUAUAUUUAAAGUACCUGGAUCACUGCCUGGUAGCACAAUUAUUAAAUUAAGAACAAAAAUAUCACGACAACGUGUGGAACAAAAAGAAAAUAAAUUAGGACGAUAGUACUAGUAAUCAGAUUUUAUCUACUGAAAGUUUCUAGUCAAUAUAUUAUUUUAUUGUAAUUCCUUAAAAAACGAAUGUAUUAUAUAAUAUUAUUAUAAUAUUACAUCUACAGUAUUUCUGUAAAUUUAAGAGUAAAAAAUAGCAUACCAAUUUAUUACAUUGAUUUAUAUUAAUUUAUAAGAUUCUUUAUACAUUUUUAUUUAUAAAACUGAACGAAAUGGAAUACUAUAAUUUUAUUAUAUACACUGUAAGAUUGUAAUAUAUUAAUUGUACAAAGAUCAUGUGUUAAAUACUUUUAUCGAUAUAAGUUCAAUCAUCAAAAUUGGAGGAAAUGUAUAAAUAAUUUUAUCAUAAGUUAAAUAAAAUAUAGAAUCAUUAUCUUAUUAAAUAUUUACAUAGAGAUUUACUUGUUGGAAUUAGAUUUACAAAACUAUUAGCAAACAAAUUUCAUAUACAUUAUUUAUACUUAUACAUUCAGCUAUAUAUAAAUCAUUUUUCUAAUAAAUCUUUUGCUUCAUUAAUUUUUGCAGCAAUAUAUGGAGAUCCACCUUUAUCUGGAUGAUUAACAGCCAUAAUUUUUUUAAAUUGUUGUUUCACUUUUACUUUACUUGCAGUUGGUGAUACAUCCAAUAUUAAACUAGCUUCCCGUCUAGUCAUUUUAGGUUCAAAACCUCCUUUAUAAAACUUAAUAUUUAAAAAUCUACCUGUGAAUUUAGUUUUGGUACAUUUUUAUAAGCUUCUGCCAUUCUUUGAGAUAAGUGUGGCAUUUUUUUAAGCAUAUAACGUCCAGUAAAACCUACUACAGCAAGGCCAAUGCCUGCUGCAAUAAGUGUAGAGGCCAUUUUUGGAAAAUCGUCAAAACAACACGACGUUUAUUCAAAACAAUAUAAAAUAAAAUAAUCUUCUUCAACCAUUGAAAAGAUGUUAAAAAAGAUGAUCAACAGUGAUUGAAAAUAAUCAGGGGAAAAAAU